GUUCCUUCUCUACCUUCUCUGCCCGAGUCUCCUUUAAAACCCCAUUUAGUGAGAGAAGCUUUCCUCAGAAGCUAGAGAGAGAAACAAAAUCAACAGAGUAGAGAGAGAGAGAGAGCUUCGAUCGACAAUGGCGUCUAGGGUUUGUAUUUCCUUUCUCAUUUGCAUUCUCUUUGUUUCAUCGUUGAAUGUGAUUUCAGCUGAGGAGACUGAAUCGAAAGAAUCCGAAAAGGAGUUCGUUCUCACUUUGGAUCAGUCUAACUUUUCCGACACUAUCAGUAAGAGCAAAUUCAUCGUCGUCGAGUUCUACGCUCCAUGGUGUGGACACUGUAAGAAGCUUGCUCCAGAGUAUGAGAAAGCUGCUUCUAUUUUGAGCAGCCAUGAUCCAUCAGUUGUUUUGGCUAAAAUUGAUUGUACUGAGGAAGCGAACAAAGAAGUCGCUUCUGAACAUGACAUCAAGGGUUUCCCCACACUUAAGAUUUUUAGGAAUGGUGGUAAGAAUGUUCAGGAAUACAAGGGACCACGUGAAGCUGAUGGUAUUGUUGAAUAUUUGAAGAAACAAAGUGGCCCUGCUUCUGCUGAAAUUAAGACUGUAGAAGAUGCCAGUGGUAUCAUUGACGACAAGAAGAUAGUCAUUGUUGGAGUGUUCCCCAAAUUUUCCGGUGAGGAGUUUGAGAAUUUCAUGGCUGUAGCCGACAAAUUGCGUGCAGACUAUGAGUUUGCUCAUACUACAGACGCCAAGCUCGUCCCACGUGGUGAAUCAUCAGUCACUGGGCCUUUGGUUAGACUUUUGAAGCCAUUUGACGAACUUUUUGUUGAUUCUAAGGAAUUCAAUGUUGAUGCUUUGGAGAAAUUUAUUGAAGAGUCUAGUGUGCCAGUUGUGACCGAGUUCAACAAAGACCCUAACAAUCACCCUUUUGUUAUCAAAUUCUUUAACAGCCCCAACGCAAAGGCAAUGUUGUUUUUGAACUUCACCAGCGAGGUGGCUGAUGCUUUCAGAGCAAAGUAUCGUGAUGUUGCUGAGAAAUACAAAACAGAAGGUUUAAGUUUUCUAUUGGGAGACGUUGAGGCCAGCGAAGGUGCCUUCCAGUAUUUUGGACUUAGGGAGGAUCAAGUGCCCCUAAUUGUUGUCCAGACCAAUGACGGCCAAAAGUUUUUGAAGGCAAAUUUGGAGCCUGAGCAUAUCGCAACAUGGGUGAAGGAUUACAAGGAAGGCAAUGUUUCACCAUACAAGAAGUCUGAACCAAUCCCUGAGCAAAACAACGAACCUGUUAAAGUGGUCGUUGCGAACACCCUUCAGGACUUUGUUUUCAAAUCUGACAAAAACAUCCUCCUAGAGUUUUAUGCUCCAUGGUGCGGACACUGCAAACAACUUGCUCCUAUCUUGGACGAAAUUGCUACCUCAUACGAAAGUGAUUCUGAAAUUGUUAUCGCAAAGCUUGAUGCUACAGCAAAUGAUCUCCCAAGUGAUACUUUCGAUAUCAAGGGAUACCCCACUCUAUAUUUCAAGUCAGCAAGCGGGAAAAUCUCUCAAUACGAGGAGGACAGGACUAAGGAAGCCAUCAUUGCUUUCAUCGAGAAGAAUCGGGACAAGGCUGAGAAGCAAGCUGAAAAGCAAGAAGAAGCAGCAGGAUCAAAAGAUGAGCUCUAAAUAUGCAAUGGCGGCCGUGUACUAUACAACAAUGUGAAAAGCCUAGCGACUAUUUAAGGUACUUGGCGGCUAACAGUGGUAGCAACAAAGAAAAUGCCUUUGCUUCCUCUCUUUUUCGAUUUUCAUACUUUCGGUUAGUUCUGUUUUUCGGUUUCCUUGAAUAAAUUAUGGAGAGGAGGGUUCUGGCAUUUGUAGAGAGCUUAAAAGAAUUUCAAGAAUAGCUUAUAGCUUUAAUUAUCUUGUACAAGUUUUGUUAUUUGUAGAAACCUUUUUAAUUUAGAAACGAUUUUAAGUUAUGUUUUCAGUGCCA